UGGCUCUCGGCGGUGAGGGCCUCUUGCGGUCAGACCACAAAAUCAGUGCAAAACGUCCUUUGAGUAAAUGUGGAACGCAAACUCCGCCCCCAAGCAAUCACUGCAACAAGUGCACCGAUGCCCCCCGGUAACGACAGCUCGAGCUCCAAAGAAUCGACCAGCCUCUCACACUUGAGUACCAACGGAUUUCUGAGUUUGUUUGAACCACUUUUAUCAUUUAUCCACUUGCAUAGCCAACGGCGGAUGCUUACUUGCCCGAAACCUUUCACAAAUGGAGCUUUCCGUUUUGUGAAUAUUUUAGAACUUCCCAGUUAGCUAACUGAUGUUAGCCUACUGUUUCAUGUUGCAAGGAGCGAAGUUAGCCAAUUGUCUCGAGAUCUUGCAAGCCAGUUUAACCAGCAGCAGUAGCCUGCUACUUCCGACAUGUUUUCGUGUGUAAUCAUCGAUUAUAGGACCCAGCAGACCUUUGGACUUAAGUAGCUAGCUUGCUAACUAACCAUUUUAGUAAAGCGUUGACCGAGGAUGGCUAACUAAUGAACAAAAACAGCUGCUCUGUUGAUGAGAAAUAUCGGUGGCACAGAACAACACGACCAUGAGAAGGGCAUGGCAGAGCGAUGGAACCCCGUCCACCAGCGAGGACUCUCUCUCCUAUCGCCGUGGCUCCACAUCCGACCCUGACCUUCGACCUCCAGCCCGACCCCGACCCCUCAGCGACCUUUACCCCUUGGAGGCUCAUGUUUCGAUGGCAGUGCCCCCGUCUGGGUGUGAUGCUCAGGUACAGCCCAUGACCUGUGACUUUAACAGUGAAGAGAGUAGACUGAACAGGUUCAACACAGCCAGCUGGUCCAGCCCUGUGAUAGGCCAACCCUCCAGGAUCAUGAGGCUCUUCUCUACCCAGAAGAAGUGCACUGUUCCCGGGGACAGUCAGGGCUCUACCAGGCCCCUCUCCUUUCAGGGCCCUCCAUCCAGUGCCGGGGUCCCGCAGGUUUGGCCAGGCCUGUCAGGGCUGACCGUCAUGGGCUCCUUUAAGAAGCUACGCUCCUCAGUGCUCCAGGGCAUCCAGAACCGAGGGACAGCCAAUCAGGAUGAAGAGUACACCUCAGCAGCCAUCCAGGGUGGAGAUAAUGGAAUGGUCACAACCAAUCAGAGCCCAAGACUUAGAUGUGGGGAGGGCUAUAGAGUCUCCAAUGGGGUGUCUAUUGGCCAACAGAUGGCUGGGUUGAGCCCUUAUGGUUCUGACAAUGAAGAUGAGGAGGUAGUAGAUGAGGAAGAUGGACUACAGAGAAACACAUGGUUCUCCAGGAGUAUUCGGAGAGCGUACGGGGCGGGGCGCAUCUCACUGCUGGACGCUGGGCAGGGGAAACGAGGGGAGGGUCCAGGACUGGGGGUUUCAACCAAUCAGAGGCCAGGUUCAGGCUCCGGUUCAGUGUCAGAGGUGAACCUCCAUUUGGAGGAGAGUGUGACUGAAAACGUGGACACGCUAAGCAGACUGAGCAAGAGUGCAGACAACCUACACCUCUUCAAGGGCCCUUUCAGACACAAAGUCCCCUGUCCCUCUCCUCAGACAGACUCCCCAGGUGCCAAUGGGGACCCCAGCAUCCAGAGAACAGCCAGUGCCUCAUCCGGUGACCAUAGGGACCGCAGCCAGAGCCCUGUUCGCUUUAGGAGUCCAGUGGGGGCCAAGGGCCACAUGUUGAAGCUAGUGGGCAGUAUGACUGACCUGACCGUGAGACGCAGGCCUAACCCGUCUCCUGUCACCUCCCCGGGCUCCCCCGUGACCCCCUUGUCACCCCUCAGCCGUCUCCAUGACGACUACUCGCGCCGCACGCCCUGCCUGCCCGCCAGCGACCGCCAACGCCGGCCCUCGCCCGCCAGAACGAGAGCUGCAGCGGAGAGGAAGAGGAACAGCACUUCAGUACGACUGGAACACACGCCUACCAUCCAGCCCCAGUCUGAGUACCACCCAGACCCCCAGUCUGAGUACCACCCAGACCCCCAGUCUGAGUACCACCCAGACCCCCAGUCUGAGUACCACCCAGACCCCCAGUCUGAGUACCACCCAGACCCCCAGUCUGAGUACCACCCAGACCCCCAGUCUGAGUACCACCCAGACCAUGUCUUCACUUUCCCCAGCAUUAACCAGCCUUUCACUACAACCUCACUUUCCCUGAGUGCUCGUGCUCAGAGGAGCAGCCUGUGUGAGGGGGACAGGCCUCAGGAGGGACAGGGAGACGGAUGGAGAGCACAGUGUGAUUCCGCUCCACACCCCCAGGGGGAGCCCUGUGGGAGUCACAGCAAACACCAGCCAGACGUGAACGCAGAGGGAAAGACGGAACCAAAGCAGUGCGUAUGGACCAGACCAGACCAAGAUCAGGAGGACCAGGAGAUAAGAGGACAUCUCUGGGGUACGUUAGACGAACAGGGCAGAGAGGCACUAUUAGGGGGUGAAGAGACGCCCCCUCCUUCAGCCACCAGUACCCCUUCUCUCACACCAACAUGUCCCCCAGAGUCUCCCACUUCAUCCAUGUCACCGACGAAAAUAGGUUCCACAGAAACGUCCACGUCCUUCAUCCCCAGGCAAAGGGCGGGCCGAUCGAGGCCUCGGCCAAUCUCUGACUACGCUCAGCUGGUAGCCAGGAAGUACACCAUCCCCGAGGAGGAGACGGAGCUACAUCCUAAGGAGAGGACUAAAAAUGGAACUCCCUGUCAAGACUGCAAAAGCAAUGGAGGCUCGCAGGACAGUGACAGCCCAGAGAACUACAAUAUGAAUGGAGAUCUCCAGUGCCGGAGGAGACGGCCAAUGUCUGUUAUUGGAGGAGCUGAGGAGAGAGAGGACCGUCUGCCUUCUCCCCUGUCGCGCCCCCCUGUCCCGUCCCACCAGGUGCCCCCCUACAAAGCGGUGUCGGCCAGGUUCCGCCCCUCCACCUUCUCCCAGAGCACCCCCAUCGGACUGGACCGCCUCGGACGACGCAAACUACACAGACUCCUCAGUGUUGAGGACGCCGGCUCAGAGCGUUCUGCAGCGGUGGAUGGUGACAGUGUGAGUGAGGAGGAGGGGAGCUUUGACGAGCUCAGUGAUGUCACAACGUACCUGCAGCCUGGGGUGGAGCUGUCUGCUCUCAGCCAGUGGAUCAGCCAGGGUCAAGCAGUGUAUGCGGAGGCCCUGUGGGACCAUGUGACGAUGGAGGAGCAGGAGCUGGCGUUCAAGGCGGGGGAUGUGAUCCGGGUGCUGGAGGCCCCUCACAAGGACUGGUGGUGGGGCAUGGGGGCAGACAGGGAGGCCUGGUUCCCCUCUAGCUUCGUCAGGGUGCGUGUGAACCAGGAGGACGACUCAGGAGCAGAAAGUGUAGAGAGUUGUGCUCUGGACCAAGAGGACCCACACACUGCCACCCGGGACACUCACACACACAGCGCCGAGCACCGUGAGCAGAUGAGGACUAAUGUGGUCAAAGAGAUCAUGAAUACUGAACGCAUCUACAUCAAACAUCUCCGGGACAUCUGUGAGGGCUAUAUCCGUCAAUGUGGUAAACACCCGGGCAUGUUCACUGAGCUGCAGCUGAAGACCAUCUUCAGUAACAUCGAGGACAUCUACAAGUUCCAGAGACAGUUCCUCAAAGACCUGGAGAGGAAGUACAACACAGACCAGCCUCACCUCAGUGAGAUAGGAGCCUGUUUCCUCUUACAGGGGGAGGGUUUUUCCAUCUACUCUGAGUACUGUAACACCCACCCUGCAGCGUGUGGGGAGCUGCAGCGCCUCAUGAAGCUGAGCAGGUACAAGCACUUCUUUGAGGCCUGCCGGCUGCUGCAGCAGAUGAUUGACAUCUCCAUCGCCGGCUUCCUGCUCACGCCCGUCCAGAAGAUCUGCAAGUACCCCCUGCAGCUGGGAGAGCUGCUCAAAUACACCCCCAAAGACCACAGUGACUAUGGUGGAGUUAGUGACGCGUACGAGACGAUGAAGAAUGUGGCGAGCCUGAUCAACGAGGGGAAAAGGAGGCUGGAGAGUGUCGACGCCAUCGCUCACUGGCAGGUGGCCAUCCUACACUGGGAGGGAGUGGAUGUUCUGGAGCGCAGCUCGGAGCUGAUCCACUCUGGGGAACUCACCCGGAUCGUCCGGCAGGGCAACAAGACGCAGCAGCGCAGCUUCUUCCUGUUCGACCACCAGCUGGUGUUCUGUAAGAAGGAUGUACUGCGCCGCGACCUGCUGCACUACCGUGGUCGUCUGGACAUGGACAACACAUCGGUGCUGCAGAUGCCUGAUGGCAGGGACCCCGAGCUGGGCAUCUUGCUGAGGAACGCCUUGCGGCUCCGGAACAGCUCCACCCUGGAGACCCUGUGUUACCUCUGCUGCAGGAAACCCCAGGAUAGACAACGCUGGCUGCAGGCCUUCGCCAGGGAGAGACAGAGGGUACAGGAGGACCAGGAGAUGGGAAUGAAGAUUAGUGAAACACAGAGAAAACAAGCAAUCUUCAAUGCAAGAAGAUCCAAACAAGGGAAAAUGAAGACCAUAGGCUACUCUGGCUCUGUCCCGCCCCACCACCACCACCAACCCCUGCAUCCAAUUCACCAGCGCCAUGUUACUGUGCCAACCAGUGUGCCUCAGCAGCAGGUGUUCACAUUGGCCGAGCCCAAGCGAAAGCCCGCCCACCUGUGGUACACCUUCACCCGACAUGCCUUGUUCAGGAAGUGAGGAUCUCGCCCUGAGGACUUAGAGAAAAACAUACAAUUAUGGACCUACAUAUUUCAGCAUGUGCUCGUACUACUUUGUGUAAUGUGUUUUAUCAAUGUGUUUGUGUGCAUGUAUAUUUUGUUGUGGUCUUGUGUGUGUGCGUUAUGUCUGUUCGGUUUCUAUUUGUGUCAAUUCAAAUCUGUGCCUGCAAAUUGGGAGGGACAUCCCAUAAGUGUUAAUAUGCAUAAAGACUGACUCCCUCCAUGUGCUGGUGUGGUAAAGAUGCUGCAUUUUGUAGGUCUGAGGUUCCUUAAUACCCAACUGCCCAGCACAAACCUGUAUUCGUGUCAUUAUGACCAUGAUGUGCAGCACAUUUGAGCUUUUCAAUUAGGAGUUGAGUACUUACCUGCUACCUUGGUUUUAGUUCAUUUCUCUGAGGCUGGUCCCUGUUGGCGUUGGACUGCUAGUGAAGGCACAAGUGGCUCUUCUGAGAGGUGAAUGCCCAGAGGACAGUCUACACAUGCAUUUGCACAUUCAGUAACCCUGUUAACACUGUUGUAAAUAAACUCUUUUACAAAAAGUACCAAA